AUGGGCAGCUUUUGGUCCAGCAUUUGGGAGCCCCAGUGCGGUCAAGGAGGUCGCUCUCUGCUCGGCGGAGAUGACGAGUCCUCGCUGAACGAUAGGUAUGAGAUGGAUCUCUUCCCCCAGAAGAUUGGCGAAGGGCAGUUCUCAAAGGCGUACGUCUGCUGGAGCAAGGGCGACACGUCCCAGCGCUACGCCCUGAAGGUGUUCACCCCGGAUGAGGGCGCCGAGCAUGCCACGAAUGAAGUUCGAGUGCUGCUGCUACUAGGCCAGCACCCCCGAAUCAUCCGUCUCGUUGACCUCCACAACGAGGAAUCUCGAAACAUGCGCCUCGUGCUGGAGCUCUGUGCAGGCGGCCAGCUUUUCGAUCGGCUGGUGUCACUUGGCCGUUACAAGGCAGCGAAGGCUGCAUGUGUUGUCCAGGAGAUUUUGGAGGCUCUUGCUUACAUCCACGGCAAGGGGGUGAUGCACCGAGACCUGAAGACAGAGAACAUCCUCCUCGUGUCUCCUGACAAUGAUAUCGAUAUCAAGGUCUGUGAUUUCGGAAUCGCGAAGAUGGCAGAGCGCCUGGAUGGCAGCGUUGUCAUGCCAGCGCGGGUCAUCCAAAGUCGACUGCCUCGCUCGUGGCCACGCUCCACCUCCUUCAAAGGGUCGGACUUCUACCUUGCGCCGGAGAUGCUGCGACAGGAAGAGUAUGGUCCUGAAAUCGAUCUCUGGGCAUUGGGCGUGACGACCUAUUCGCUGAUCAGCGGCUCGCUGCCCUUUGUCGGUGAAGGUGGCUCAGAAGACUUGAGAGGAACCUACAGCAAGAUCGUGCAUCGAGACAUAAAGUUCGACGGGCAGGCCUGGGAGGAGGCGCCGCCGCUGGCCGCGGGCCUGGCGGAGCGAGCCAGAGCGAGCCAGAGCGAGCCGCUGCGUGCUUUUCGAGCUGCCCAAAGGCCCCCCGCCUCCCCCCUGAGUGAGGCGACGGAUUUCAUCCUUCAGCUGCUCUGCCUCGAUCCCGCCCAGCGCCUCAGCGCUGCGCAGGCCACCUCCCAAUGUGCGUCUUUCGAGGUUUCCACCUCUCCAGCCCGCAUCACAUCACAUGGCUCCUGCCAGGCGCUGUCCCACAGCUGGGUGAAGUCGGCGCGGGAGUCACUUGUAGAUACUGAGAACGAAGACGAGGACGCGGAUGAGGAAGAGGAUGAAUCCGAUCUCCAACUGGACGAAUUAGAGUCAGAAGGGGGAUUGCAACCUGGCUGCUUGUCAGCGAUACAAAAGAUCGACCUCCGAACUCUCAUGAACCUUCGCGACAAGUGCAGCUCGAAGCGGAAAUGCAAGGGGCUUUCACAGCGCACAGUUCAGCACAUCGACCAGCCCUGGCCCCCGAGCUGGACGAAGCGGCUUCUGCUCCGCGAGAAGCCCCGGGUCCUGACAGGCCCUUUCGAGAAUCCCGUGCGCCGCUGGGUCCGGCUGCGGGAGAAGGCGCGGCAGUUCGCGGAGCUCCCGCCCCCGCGACGCGUCCCGGUGCCGAAGCCGGCGCGGCCCAAGCUCCUGCAGGCGGUGGAGGGCGUGCCGCACGUCAGCCCCGAGGCCCUGCAACGUCGCCUGGACUUCCUCCUCUCCGAUGCGGCUGUCAAGCAGCAGCUGGCCGCUCCACUCCGGCCGGGUUUGAGCCCGUACUUUGUGGAGUUCCAAUGCUGGAGCAGGCAGCUGCGGGAGAUUCGGCGUGUUUACCGGGCACAAUACCUCCAGAAGCUGGCGGAGGUCACCGAGGUGGAGCGAGCGCGGGAGGCGGAGCUGUACCAAAAGGAAAGGCAGCAGCGGCAAGAAAGGAAGCAGGCGCAUCUGCAGCGCAUCGGUGAGGACAUGAAGCGCCGGGCGAUCCUCCGUGACCGCAAGCGCAUCGAGUCCAAGGUCAACGAGGUUGAUUCCAGCCAGACGCUGCACUUUUCCAUCUUCUACACACCCGAGGGGAACAACGCCUACAAAAAAACCCGGCAGCAGACCAUCAUGCGCCGAAUCUUGGAGGAGCACUUGUUUCAAACCCACUCCGGCGACCAGCACACUGCCGUCAAGUCGAAGGCGUCUUCGUCACUGGACGAUGCAGACUGGCUCUUCCGCUUCUCGUCGGACACGAAGCCCGCGGCCUACAAGGCUCAAGCCGGCUUCGACUACACCGAGGGCAUCCUGCGGUUGCAGGCUUCGAGCCUCUUCGAGUACCCCAAGCUGGUUGUAUGGAAGCACGUUGACAAGGUUGUCUAUACGCUUAUCUGCGAACCUCUGGAUAAUCCCCUGCUGGCUUCCAGCUUCCUCACGCUCUUCGUGCACGAGUUGAGCGACCACUUCCGAAAGGCUGGUAGCCUCGUGGAGGAAGUCUCUGCUCGACCCGAUGAGGUGUUGGCCAUCCUUAACUUCAUGCUUCCUGGCGGCCAACUGCUCUUCAUCAAUUCCAACCUUCAUCGCUUCUUGAAGUCUCAAAUCUCGCAGGUGCUGAGCCAAAAGGCCAUCGAAAUGGCUCGUCGGUCCAAGAUGAAGCGCCAGCGUCUCUACUGGUUUCGCCGGAUGGAGACGCUCUCCAAGCUGGUGGUGUCGUCGGAGAAUCUCGAGGAAGCCUUCGCGACCUUUCCAGAUGGAUCUGACAAGGCAUCCUCCAGCACUUCCAGCCCCUCGGGCGUUCUUCUGAGCCGCAACGUCUCCAUUCCCUACUUGCUGCGCCAAUUCGGAGGUUCCAAGGCUGACCCGCAGCAGAAGAACCGACGAAUUCCGGGCAUUGACAACGUCAAGCGCGAGGUCCUGCAGAUGUCCUACGACAUCCUGGGCGAGGAUGAGGAGCGGUACGAGGCCGAGGCCCCGCAAGAGUCCGACUGGAGGAGCCGCGCCCAUGAGCUCUACGGGGACGGCAUCUUCAGCCACGACGACAAGAUGCGACUUCUUGACGAGAAGAUCGCCACGCUGAGGGAGUUUCAGCGAUUGGAGAAUGAGAAGGGUACCCCUCAAGUGAUCACGGCAAAGCUUAUCGAUGAGCUGGAAGCAGUCAAGCGCGCCGAAGAAGAGAGGGCUGUGGCGAAGGAAGUUAAGGCAGAAGCCCAAAGCAAGCGAGGGGAGGACCCGAGUGAACUUCCACCUUACGAUCCUUCCCGGACCGGCUCGGACACUUGA